CAUUUCCAAACAGUUCUGCCGGCUUUCAGCUGCCAUCCCCAUAAGCAGGUGCUGUGAAACAAUAACUCUGAGGUCACAUUUCCUAAACACCCUAGUUGGAAGCGGCAAAGCUUGACUCGGUAACAGAUCUUGGACUCUCUGGAAGUCCCAGUGUUUAUAUACGAGAGGGAAGGGGAUGGACGUCCGCGGUCUACCAAUCUUCCUGCUCCUUGGACCAGUUGUUCUGGUCCUGGGUUCCGAUCAUGAAACUCGUCUGGUUGAGCAUUUAUUCAAGAAUUAUAACAAAGUUGUUCGUCCAGUAAGCAACCACCGUGAAAGUGUUAAUGUUACCGUUGGACUACAGCUUAUCCAGUUGAUCAAUGUGGAUGAAGUGAAUCAGAUUGUAGCAACCAACGUGCGUCUAAAACAGCAAUGGAAAGAUGUAAACUUGAAAUGGAAGCCAGAAGAUUAUGGUGGUGUGAAACAAAUUCGCAUCACCUCAAGCGAACUCUGGCGUCCAGACUUGGUUUUGUACAACAAUGCAGAUGGAGAUUUUGCUAUCGUCCAGGAUACCAAAGUACUCUUAGACUAUACAGGUCACAUCACUUGGACUCCUCCAGCCAUUUUCAAAAGCUACUGUGAAAUUAUAGUCACCCACUUUCCAUUUGAUGAGCAGAACUGUAGUAUGAAGUUGGGGACGUGGACAUAUGAUGGCACAGUGGUCGCCAUCUUUCCGGAAAGUGACCGCCCAGAUCUGAGUAACUUCAUGCCCAGCGGAGAAUGGGUCAUGAAAGAUUACCGAGGCUGGAAGCACUGGGUUACCUACGCCUGCUGCCCUGACACUCCUUACCUGGACAUCACCUAUCACUUUGUGUUGCAGCGGUUGCCUCUCUACUUCAUCGUCAAUGUCAUCAUCCCUUGCCUCCUCUUCUCUUUCCUAACCGGAUUAGUGUUUUACCUGCCUACAGAUUCAGGGGAGAAGAUGACACUGAGCAUUUCUGUCCUGCUCUCUUUGACGGUGUUUCUUCUGGUCAUUGUGGAGCUGAUUCCUUCCACUUCUAGCGCAGUGCCCUUGAUUGGCAAAUACAUGCUGUUCACCAUGGUCUUUGUCAUAGCUUCCAUCAUAAUCACUGUCAUUGUGAUCAAUACCCACCACCGAUCUCCAAGUACUCACACUAUGCCGCAGUGGGUGAGGAAGAUUUUUAUCGAGACGAUUCCGAACGUCAUGUUCUUCUCAACCAUGAAACGGCCUUCCAGAAACAAGCAGGAGAAAAGGAUUUUUACUGAAGACAUUGAUAUUUCUGAAAUCUCUGGGAAGCAAAGUCCAGCUGCUGUCAAUUUCCAGUCGUCGCUCACCAAAAACCCAGAUGUGAAAAGUGCUAUUGAGGGCAUCAAAUACAUUGCUGAAACAAUGAAGUCAGACCAGGAAUCCAACAAUGCUGCCGAAGAAUGGAAGUUUGUUGCCAUGGUGGUGGAUCACCUUCUGCUUGGCAUCUUCAUGUUAGUUUGCAUCAUUGGAACACUGGCUGUCUUUGCCGGUCGCCUCAUCGAGUUACAUCAGCAAGGCUGAAAAGCGAAAACCAAGUGGGAGAGCUUGAUUUAGACCCUAAGAUGUGCUCACUUAAGAAAUUCUUCCAUCCCCUCAGCAGAGCCUUCCAACCUUUCAAAAAAGCUUGUAGGGUAGGGAGCUGCAGCCAGUAAGAGAGAGCCUUAGCCUUUCCUUCCAGAAACUUCCUUAACUUCGCUUAUCUUAAAAUCCAAGCCUAUAUCUUUAAUGUGUUGUUACUCUGUCUCUGCCUAAACGGGGCUAAAUGGAGGGAUAACAUCAGGCAUCCCCAAACUUCGGCCCUCCAGAUGUUUUGGACUACAAUUCCCAUCAUCCUUGACCACUGGUCCUGUUAGCUAGGGAUCAUGGGAGUUGUAGGCCAAAACAUCUGGAGGACCGCAGUUUGGGGAUGACUGGAUAACAUCUUUCGAACCGCCAAUUUCAGGCUCCAGAAAGCGUGAUUCUGCUAAAAGCUCUGGAUUGAUAUAUAACUGGUGUCUUUAAUGUCAACCGGCAUGGCUUCUGUCACAUCUAAGCAGCUUGGUCAGAAGCUCUUAUUGUUCAAAUCGCCAGGUCAAGGAGCCUAGGACGUUGGUCUGUUUCGGGUAUUUAAGAAAAACAGCCUUGAUGCUGUGUACACCAAUGAUUCAUCUCAAUGCCUACCGCAUUGGUCGUCCCUAAUCACUGGCAAUCAAGGGUGCAAAUACUCAACACCAUCCCAAGCCAUGUCUCCAGCCCAUUGGCAAUCAUGUCUUCAUCAAGUCAUCAACCCACAAUCUUCUCACUUCCCAUUCCUUACUGCUUUUUUGAAUAAAUAGAUAUGUUCCAAAUGGCUCUGUCAGAGAAACUUGACUGAGCCCAUCUGUGAUCUGAAUCUCCAACACUCUGCUGCAAGUGGCCCGGGCAGAAGAAGAGAAAAUAGUCACAGUCAUCCAAGCUGUUUUCUACUCUCUUUCCUCAUCUGUGAUUUUUGCUUACAGGCCUAUCAAAACCAUGUUUACUCAGAAAUAUUCAGAAGCCCCUUCUGAGCACUUACUUUUAAUUAAAUGUGCUUCUGUAAUAUA